AUGGCUGGUUGCGGUGUCCUCGGCAUGGCCUUCGCAUGCAGUGCGCUCUACUCGUUUACUCCUCACUCUACUUCACCCGUUAGCCGCAGCCAUUCUCCUCUUUUCUCCCGCUCCCCCUCGUUGAGCGUGGCCUAUAAGGGGCCGGAGACGAGGGACAUUCCUCCCUGGGAGGAGGAGAUGCUGGAGAUCUUUGCGAGGUCCCCGCUGUUCAACCCCGAAGCUAGCCGCAAGCGUGUUGAGAGGAAGUCAGCACACGGCCAUGCUGGGCCGGAUGUCGACCUGGAUGCCGCACUGGACUCCAACAGCAUGUAUGGGAUCCGGAGCGACAUCAUGGAGAUCUUCGUUCUUGCAGCAAGGAACAAACCCGGUGUACGUCUGACUCUAGGAGAGCCCAGUCGACCCGAACCCGCCUCUCCCAGGGCUGCAGUGAAGCAGGUGACUAGCCGUGUGGCGGAACGAGAGCGAAUCAAAGUCGUCAGGCCGCGGCAGGAGGCUGUGAAUGGCGGCAAUGAUUCGAGCUCAGCCCAGCGGUCAUGGGAAUCCGAACUCCACUCUAUCUUUCAGGCAAAUCCGCUCACUAGAAAGUGA